UUAUGAUAGAUAGAUAGAUAGAUAGAUAGAUAGACAGAUAGACAGAUAGAUAGAUAGAUGCAGUGAUGUCACUGUCUGUAGCCUUCUCUCAGCACUCUUGUUUCUCAACACCAUGCUUUGUGGUUCUCAUCAUACAUGCAACCUCAAGAGUUGAAGGAAGAGGUUUUGCUCUUAAAUAGACACACACACACACACACACAACACACACACGUCUCGGAUCAGGCUGAGUGAUGGCUGGCUGUGGCAAGGGUCCAGAGGACAAUGUCUGUCUGAGGUGGACAUGGGUGAAGGUCAUCAUACUGGUCUGCUGUUACGGCUCCGAGGUCCGAGGUGGUCAGUCUCCCACCAAUGUGGUAACCGGGGGCAACCUGACAGCCAGGGCCAGAGACAACGUGACGUUUCGCUGUGAGGUUCGUGAUCGUAACAGCUCCCACAUCAUCACAGUGGAGUGGACCCGGUGUGACCGAGGGGCGGUGCCCAAUAAGGUCCUCGUCUUCAUGACCUCGGGGUCAAAUCUGUCACUUAGCGACACCCACCAGGGACGUGUCACCAUGACGACAGCCAGCAGCUUCACCCUGAGGAACGUGAGCAUGGAGGACUUUGGGUUGUACUGCUGCAAGCUGAACAUGUUCCCUGAUGGAGUGCUGCAGGCAGAAGUGCAUCUGAGUGAAGGAACUGGAGAGGAAGACCAAAACAUCACGUUGUCAGGCCUUCCUCCACAGAUCGUGUACAUCUUGGGAGGAGUGUGUGCUCUAGUGUUGGUGGUUGUCGUGACAACUGUGAUUGUUUGUAAGACAUUCUCUGGUUGCACUCAAUCCUCUGAGUUUCACAAGGUCUCAGCGCAAGCCUCUACAUGGCCACCAGGGGGAGCAUUAGAACCUUCUUUUAAGCGCAGAGUCCAGCUCCGGGACUACGUCAACGUAUCAGUGCACCAAGGGAGCGUCCCAAAAGGUCAGGAUGACACGGGAGAGGAGAAUGACAAGAGUACAGAGGAGAACAUCAAGGGUGCAGAGGAGAACAUCAAGGGCGCAGAGAAGAAUGACCAGCUAUAUGCCACCCCGUGCAAGAUCAGAGCUCUAGAGGGUCUGUCUCGCUUGUCUGGACCUGAGGAAGCAGAGAUGAUGACACAACACGCCACCUAGUGGAUAAACACCUGUGCUGCACGAGGAGUUGCAUUCCGUUUCACUUUUUAUUCAGGCAAUUAUUAGCUAUAUUUAUACUUUUAUUAGGAUUUUAUUACAACUAUUGAUUUAUAUUUCAAACCUUAUUUUAAUGUUAUGGAAACCUUUUCUAUUUGCACAUGUAUUUUAUCCUCACAUAGUUACAUAAUAGCAGCAUAUGUUUCUAUUUUGUUUCACUGGGUGUUUGACUAGUAUACUCAUUGUAUACUCUAUGUUUUAUGUGUUUUAAUUAUUACUUUUUAAUGAGUUAAGUGUCAGCUCCUCCAGCACCGGUUUCGUUACAGUGACCCCCUCCUCCCCCCGUACUGUACAUCAAAUCUAUGCACCAUAGCAUCAAGCACAAUAGCAAUAAAAUACAUCGUUUGAAAGCUGAGAGUCUCAGGAAUCGAUCCA